AUGGACAUCUUUGAACAGUACGGAAUUUCUCGGCCUGGAGGUUGGCUUUCGGAAGAGGACUCGGGCACUGCAGAACCACCUGAAGACGGCAGGGUCAAGACCUUUCAGGUUUGCCAUUCUUGUGGCGCGCCCCUAUCCUCGCAACGAUACUGCCUACACUGUGGCCAUGACUCUUGCUUGAAGUGCACGGGGAAUGCUCUCGAUGAGGGUAGCGAGAGGGAGCAUGGCCAUUCCUUGGAGCAGGACCAGGAGCAACAUACCACAGACCACUGUUCCAAGAAGUCAACACACGCUACUGUCGAGGCAGAACAGAGUCAUGUUCAUACGACUCAAGUUACAGUCCGUACAACACGUCUUCGAGAGGCCUCCAGAUUUACCUCGGGACAAGAGACUCCUAGAACGCCCCAUUGGGUUGAAAGGACGUCUCGUCGAAGGUUCAGGACAACUCAGAAUGCCCCCAAGCCGACUCUGAAAAAGACGAUUGCCGCACCAACGGCGAUCUCGAGCUCCGUGAAGAACAAUCCCUUCUAUAUGGCAGACAUGGAAGCGAAAGCCCACGCCCCUGAGCCAACGACUACGCCAAGAACUGUCCAGGCAAAGCGGGCGACCAGGCUAUCAGACUGUGUCCCGCAUCGCCCAACGCUGAAUUCAUCGAGUGAUAAAGACGCUGAGGAAAAAUGUUCUGGCCCAGGGUGUCGAGCGACACACGCUGGUCACCAUCCAGUUCGCCACAGCAUCGAAUGUGCAGCUCGUCGAAGUCUCAAGGGGCAAAUCACCGAGGACGAUGAACUAGAGGUGAUCGACAUGGAUGAAGAGCAGGAGCCGCAACGACCAAAGAACUCUCCGCUUCACAGCGCUUUAGAGAAGAGGAUUGACCAGCUGUAUCACCAUGCCGAGGAUCUACAUCACUCACAGCAUAUCAUGGAACACCUAGCCGCUGGCACGAGGCAGCUUGAACGGUCUGCCGGUACUCAGCGAAGAAGGGCAGACAGGAAAGAUGCGCUCUCCAGAAUGACGGAUCAUGGCCUGGAUGUUCCCAGUCGUUCCCCAGGAGAUCAUCAACUCGGUCAAGACGAAGUCACAUCAGUAGGGGAGGAGGUAGUUGAGCAUUCUCUGAGCACCGACGUCAAAGCUCCUGAAGUGGUCGAGGAGCACACACUGGCAGCUGACCCUGCCGUCGAGCGAGACUUAAGUCCCAGGUCCCAUUUGCUUCUUGACGAUGUUCGAACCAAGGUUGCUCAUCUAUUGAAGGCUCACUCCAUCAGUCAGGAUCGAGUCAUCGGAGCAAAGAGUCGGCCUGUAGGACGACUACGCCGGUCUUUUCCCCUUACGCAGACGACAGCAAGUACGAAGCCGGUAUCGCAAGCCAAACCCCUGCCACUUAGCCUCGGGGAGCAGGAGAAGGCCAGUAAGGCAUGUGCAUCGUGGGAACAGAAAAUGGUCUCUCCCGCAAAGGAACAGAGUCUUGUUGCAGAUACACAUACGAGUGUACAUGCAGCCCAUACCGCUCUUUCUUCAAAAAGAGGGCCACGGCAAAUACCUCCGCGUAUUGAGGAUCCUGAACAGGAGGCAGUGGAGUCGAAUGGCAUCUCGUCAUGGAGAAAGCAACUACGAAAAGUGACAAAGUCCGAAGAUGUCAACCGAGAUAGGCAGUUGACUCCUCCAGUUGUGAAGUGGAGGCGUAGUCUCAGCAGAAUCCGACGGACGCCAAAUUCUGACGCGGAAAAGAAGGACAACUGUCUGUUCUGUUAUCCAAGUCGGUCUCCAUCGCCGAAACCAGGGGAGGGUGCAGCUCAACUGGCUGGUGAAGUCCAGUCGAGGGAAGCCCACGAUGCUACACAUGUCAUUGCAGUUGAGUCAUCGACUCCUCGGCUUAGAGUGAUGGAAGUGGAACAGUCACUUGCUCGGAAAAGCGCCGAGGACUUGCUGGAGGAAUCUCGUCACAGGACCCAGCAAGAGGUUGUUGCAACUCGGGAGAUGAAGAGCACGAAGCACUGCAAGACGACGAGUCAUUCAUCGUACGAGGAGACCGAGACGGUGACAGAGAUUCACAACCCGAAGCCGGUGAUCCCAUAUAAUCACGUUUGCGCGUGGCGAACACGAUACAUGGACCUCAGCACCGAGGUUGACCAACUCAAGUCUGAGGCGAGUUUUCGUGUGGUCGACCAGGCAACUGAGCAGCAGCGAGAUCAGGGGGUUGAUGCCGGUGUUGGCACAUCUUUCUCGCACAAGUGCCCAGACAUUGACAUUGAGGGCCUCACGAUUGUUAUGCAUAUGAGAGGCAAGGAUGACUUGGUGAUCAACACCAAAUUGAAGGAUAGUGCGAGGCAUGGGUAG